AUGUGGAGUACAACAGGAGGCGCUGAUAAUGCCAAUGGAGCAACAGCUAGGCUCUCCUCCUCAGUUAAGCUCUUUGCUAUUACUUGAAUAAAGAAGCAUCUUCAAGUUGUAACAAACACAAAAACCUGUAACAAACAGCACAAUAACUACCGAUCUUCAGGUCGCUAACUCUAUAAUGCUGUAUCUAUGACUAAGACUAUGCAGAGGUGGGAUGCUAAGACCAUCACUAAGAUCAACAGUAACACAAUCCGUCGAAGGCUAUCUUCUUCUUCGCUAUUCACAUGCGCUAACUCAUCUUCACAGCGUAAGUAUAGGGAUCCCCCAAGAAGCUCAACCAUGUACUUACAGCAGAAAGGGGAUGGUACAAAGAGAUACUCACUCAUCUAUCAUUCCCGUGUAGAGCAGAUUGCUCAUUCCUCACUAGAGGAGAUCGUACUCACUGGAUAGAGGCAUACAGACAGCUCCUCUAACUCAGCCGCGCCUAAUGGACGAGGCAAAAAUAGGAAGGGAGCUUCUUCUUCUUCGGCUCAUCAGACAGGGGAUUACCAUUUUUAUACGGACUGGUUCUCUCUGGGCUUGAUUUUACAUGAGUGCUGGACUGGCAAUCUGAGUGUGGAUUUAGACGCUUUAGGGUAUGCGCCGAACGAAGGAGAGGAUCCCGAGAGAGCAGAUCCCGAAAAAGCAUGCGACGAAGCACACCUCAAGCUGCUGAGUCAAGAGCUGCCCAAUAUAUUUAAGGCUAGAAGUCUUGCUGCGUAUAAAAAUGUGUGUCACUAUCUAUGUGUGUGUGUAUAUGUGCACUUGUGUUUGUGUACUUAUUGAGUAAGUAUCCCAUCUCGGAUCAUCCGUAGACAAUUGAAUUGUCCUUGUCGUGUAACUAUCACUUUUUAUCCGUAGAGAAUUGAAUUGUCGUGUUAUCACUAUUCCAUCUAGUUGUCGUGCAUCACUAUCCCAUCUACUAGUUGUAGUUGUGUACUAUUAUGACUAUCUUCCGAUGUUGUGUCUUAUCACUAUCGACGUCCGAUGUUGUAAACUAUGCUGAGAAGUCAGAUCAUCCCAGUUAGACUAUGAAUGUUGAUAGUCCAGUUUAAAGUCUGUCCAGAGGAUCAUAGCUAUCUCAAGGGAUGAAAGAACGGGUAUCUAUUUCUUAAGGGAAGACGGAAAGGAAAGGGCGCCAUCCCUACUCCACAAGAGCCUCACUCCACAAGCUUGAAUAGUUGAGAACAUAAGUAAAAGUGCCUUGCUCUAACGCAUCGAAGGAUUUGGAGAAGAUUGCCCCAGGCCUAUCGAUUUUGGUAUCGGAUGCCAAGAAUCGUACCAAAAGGGUCGUCGAGGAUGUGGAUGGCGGCAAAAUCCAAUGGGGAAAGGAGUACGUUGCCAUCGUCAGGAGGCAGAAAAAAAACCAUUUGGCUUUGGAGAAUUUGCAGUCCGAAGAAACAAAACUCUUGCACCAAUUAGAGUUAUGGUCAGCAUUUAGUGUCCAUCUUUCUCGGCAUCUUGAUCCCCUUUUGCCUUGUAUUCUCAUGAAAUACAAGGGGAAAGGGGUCGGGAUGAGAGGACCAAGAUGGACGAAGGCUGGGUCUAAUGGAGGGAAUCCGAAGCAAACGAAGAAAAAUCCUGGAUGAAAUGGAAGGAUGAACUUCGAUUCGGGAGAGGAAAGGGGGAGGAUAACCUUCGAUGUGGGAGGCUGCAGGAGGAUAAUCGAUAGAGGCAAGAAGAGGAUAUAAAAAUCGAUAGAGGCAAGGGCGAGGAUAAUCAAAAGUAGAAGCAAGAGGAAGGGAUAGAAAUUGAUAGAGGCACGAGGAUAAUCUUCGAUAGAGGCAACGAUUGGUCAAUCAUAAUAGACUUGGCCAAGAGAAUACAUCUAGUACUAUAAUAUCGCUGUUCCUCAUAUUUAACUUUAAGUCUGUACAUCUACAUUUACUUGUUCUCCUCGUACUCUCACUUCAACUUUCUGUUUUUUGAUGACACUUACUGUUACAUACUUUCAUCACCUUUGACUUUUCUUUCUUAGCUAGAUCCCAUGAAGAUGGGAUUAAUAGGUCAAAGAAAAUAAGAUUGAAUACGUAAGUAGAAGAAGCAAGGCCGCGAAGCAAGGAAGCAAAGGACUUUUUUUGGAAGAUCGAAUUGUGCUUAUUGUAGUACGUAUCCCCGGUUAGAGAAGAGGACACGAAGAACAUUAAGGACGGCUGUAAAAAAAUUACCACUCUAUACGCUUUUCGAAGCCUUUUUCAUCAAGGGGAAAAGGAGCCACAGAAAUGCUAGAUCAUGAGAGAUACUUCCACCAAUUCGAAACCCCUAAGGACAAGGACGAUGUCGAUCGAGAGAAUGAGGAGAUAGGGGAAUGGGUAUCAGAUCUACUGCGAGGAACAAAGAUCGAAUUGUGCUUAUUGUAGUACAUAUCCCCGGUUAGAGAAGUCUUUUUUCAACACAAUAUCAAUCCAUGAUACUCCUGCUAAUGCACCGUUUUCAAGUCUGAUAUCUAGAGACUCAACGCGUCUUCAACUACCGCAGAUUUCUACUACACCGCAUCUAAGUCUAAGUGAAGUGAUGGCGAUCUCGGAGCAAUACAACUGAUGAUUUCAGAUUUCUACACACAAGAAUCACAACUGACAAAUGCUUUCUCCUUUGUAGAAAAAU